CGUCUCGCAGACAUGUCCUGCUACGAUCUGUGUCCUCCCACCCCCUGUGGCCCAACCCCGCUGGCAAACAGUUGCAACGAGCCCUGCGUCAGGCAGUGCCAGGACUCUACAUAUGUGAUCCAGCCCUCUCCUGUGGUGGUGACCCUGCCUGGCCCGAUCCUCAGCUCCUUCCCACAAAAUACCACAGUGGGAUCCUCAGCAUCUGCAGCUGUAGGGGAUGCUCUCAAUGCUGGAGGGGUCCCUAUCUCCUCUGGCAGCUCCUUGGGACUCGGGAGCCUUGGAUAUUCAGGUCUAGGUGGCCUUUAUGGGAGGUCCUACCGUCGUUACAACCGGUGUGGGCCAUGAUAAAGCUUUGGGCAAAAACGACAAAGGAACAACCAGAAGCUUAAAAGCGUGAUCCGGAUGCAGGACUGAGUUCAUGACCAUGGCCAUAUGCUUGCUGACCACCCUCUACUUUUCCCUAAGCUAAUGGGACUGCAGGAGCCUGGCAUUUCUGAUUUAAUGCCUUUCUCUGUUAUGAAUGAGGUGAAAAAUGUAACUUUUAUUGUUGCAUGUAGGAGUUGGGUGCCCAGCUGUAAAGCAUUGCCUUGAAAUGGAUGAUUAGUUUUAUCCAUAUUCAACCCUACCGCUUUCUUACGCUGUACAUUUUUUUUUUUUUAAAUUCUACUUCUCACUCAUUAAAUUUAUGGUGCA